AUGGCCCCGGUUUUACACCAGUGCCCUGUUUGCUCCAAUCACUACAAGAUCACACCAGACGGGAAACUUUGCCGUCAUGGUGGAAGGGUUAAAGGCCAGGAAUGCUCGGGUUCAAGGAAAAGGGUGGAUGCACCACAGGUUGUGACCGGUCCGCCUCACGUAGCCGCAUCUAGCGAUAGACUCAUAAUGGGUGUGUCCGUAUCAGUUUCGGAGAUUCCUACCAGUUUGGAUUACCCCCUUUUUUUUGACAGGAUGACGGCUGUUUUGAAACGCGUACCACUGCACGAUCACAUUCCAAAACCGUGUAGAGAAAAAUGUAGCAAUGCACUGCACGAGUUACUGACGGCCGUUUGUUGUGACUCCGGUGAUCCCGCUCACUGGUGCAGACUUUUUUUGUAUUUUCCAUACGUCCUUCAAAAACCUGCCAGAGGGGGACGCCGGGUCAACCAAGGCAACCAGAUUAACAAGCGCCUGUCCGAAUACUCCACGAUUGAGGUUACGUCCCUGCUCUCGGGUUUUGAAAACCACAUCAACGCAAAUCCACGCGGCCACAACCCUGACCGGUGGAUAAAUGCGGUGUCUUCUUGCAUAGAGCAGGGAAACGUUUCAGCAGCCGUCAGACUUGUCUGCUCGCCCGAGGGCCUGGCAGUAAACACGCCUGAAACCUUAGAAAAACUACGGUUCAUACAUCCAAAAACACCAACUGACAGGCGUGCAUUUCUUGCGCAAGAACCAACAAGUGGUUGCGUUUCUUCCACCCAGGUGCUCAAGGCCAUAAAGUCUUUUGGAAAUGGCUCGUCCGGAGGUCUCGACGGUUUGCGUCCUCAGCAUCUCAAAGACCUACUUUCAGGCCCCCUGCCAAUUGACGACCUAUUAAUUUCCCUAACGAAAUUUAUAAAUUUGGUUCUGUCGGGCGCCUGUCCACCCACGUUUUCAGAACUCAAGUUCGCCCUCGACCGAGUGUCUCAUCUUUCCGUCCACGACGCCUUGACUAUUGUCCGAAGCGCCCUCAGUUUGCCCAAAAUGGUGUAUUUUCUUCGUACAUCCAGCUACAUUAACCCAUUGUUGUUGGGCAGAUUUGAUGAUGUUUUGCGUACCGCCUUGUCAGCCAUUUGCAAUGUUCAUUUGACUGACAAACCAUCUGGCAUUUCAGUGCAAGAUGGCAAGCGACCAGACGGUUGUACUCUUACUCCCUGGAGAGCCGGUAAAUGUUUGGCUUGGGAUGUUACGGUUCCUGGUACCUUGGCCGAGCGCUACGUUCACCUUACCAGCAAAGAAUGUGGUUUGGCUGCAAUCAGGGCAUCGGACGAAAAAAUUAAAAAAUAUGAACUUAGAUUUUUUGCCAAUAUGUAUCGAGGUCCUUGGACCCAUGGACCCCAAUACUUCAAAAUUUAUUAA